AUGCAGUUUUUGGCUCAAUUCAAUGGUGUUCAUCUGGUUGGAGUUCAUCUCUCUCUCAUUCUCUCUUUUUUUGAGUUUAUAGUCCGAUUCAAUGGUCUUUUGUCUUUAUCUUGCUGGAAUUCAUCUCUCUCUCUCUCUGUCUCUCUCUCUCUCUCGCUCUCUCAGGAGUUUAUCCCCUACAUGGCGGAGCAGCAUGGCUUCCAGUAUGAGCUCAUCCAGUACAAGUGGCCCCGCUGGUUACACCAGCAGACAGAGAAGCAGCGCAUCAUCUGGGGCUACAAGAUCCUCUUCCUGGACGUGCUCUUCCCGCUGGCCGUCGACAAGAUCAUAUUUGUGGACGCCGACCAGAUAGUCCGCACUGACCUGAAGGAGCUGCGUGACUUUGACCUGGAGGGGGCGCCCUAUGGCUACACGCCCUUCUGCGAAAGCCGGCGGGAGAUGGAUGGCUACCGCUUCUGGAAAUCUGGCUACUGGGCCAGUCACCUGGCUGGACGCAAGUACCACAUCAGUGCCCUGUACGUGGUGGACCUAAAGAAGUUCCGGAAGAUUGCAGCAGGGGACCGCCUGAGGGGGCAGUAUCAGGGUCUCAGCCAAGACCCCAACAGCCUCUCCAAUCUGGACCAGGAUCUGCCCAACAACAUGAUCCACCAGGUGCCCAUCAAGUCCCUCCCUCAAGAGUGGCUGUGGUGUGAGACCUGGUGCGAUGAGACAUCCAAGAAGAAGGCCAAGACUAUCGAUCUGUGUAAUAACCCCCAGACCAAAGAGCCCAAGCUGCAGGCUGCCGUGCGCAUCGUGGCCGAGUGGAGCGACUACGACCAGGAGGUCAAGCGCCUCUAUGGAAAGUUCCAGAAGGAGAAGGAGACGGGAGGGACCAGCGCUGAAAAGCCUCAGAGCACAAGCCCGGGUACUGACGAGCAUAUUGAACUGUGAGCACAGCCCUUACAAUUAAGGAAAACUUGACUCUGUUUAAAGAGUUUUUUUGUGGUUUUGUUGGGAUUUUUUGUUUUGUUUGUUUUGUUUGUUUGUUUUGUUUUUUUAGCAGAAGUCCAUUCUCAUGGAACAUGGCUGCUAUGAUGAACUUGCUACGCUGAGAGACUUGAUUAAAAAAAAAUCCUAUCCGUC